GACCGACGACUACGACGACGUGUUGGGCCACUGCACCCGCUGUCUACAGCAAGAAGCCAACGAGCGAGCGAGCACCAGCCGCACAAUUGAAGAAGACGCGCCACUAAAAUCCAUAAAGGCACAAGUGUUUUUUUCGGUGGGCGCAGCAAAGGGAGCGAGAAAUUCGAGCAGCCGCAAAGUGUAGGGGACGAAGAGGCGCGUGAACAAACAAAUAAAGUCGCAGUCAAAAUAAAAAUUCUUCAUGAAGAAAAAAGUAUUUAUAAGCAAAUAAAUCGAAUGGCGGAGCGCCUGCAGUCGCCGCAAUCCGGGUAAACAAAGCACAAACUUCGACUUCACAGCUGGUUAUUGCUGAAUUUGAUAUUCUGACAUUGGGAGCAGACGGCGCGAACUAGAGCCAUUGCCGUUGCUUGUUGCUUGCUGUAAGCGUAAAUGCGUGCGUGAGUGCGCGUGUACUCGAAAAUUUGCUAACUCCUUUGCAGGCACUGCCACUUUGCAUAUGUAGGCGAGUGGGCUGUGGGCUGUGGGCCGCUGCAACCGCGAGCGUUUCGACAACGACGACGUUAAUGAUGCAAAGGCAUAUAAAAUUCAACCAAAGCAAUUUGUACUUGAAAAUCGCGCGCGAGUAAAAUCCGUGAAAUUGAAUUCGUGCCUAUCAGUCGAAAGAUGUUGAGAAGAAGAAGAAGAGAUGCGCGUAUAUCCGCCGGUUAGUUCUCAGUUGCAAGUACAUAUAUGUAAUUAUAUAGUGAAAAAUCUAACUUAUUACAUCGCGCGAGUUGUUAAAACGAAUUGAAAUUGUUUCGUGAUUCGCUUAGUGAUUAUGUGCAGCCGCGCCAGCAACAACAAAAGCAAUACUAUUCGAGGUGAUUACAUAGAAAAGUAGUCCUACGUGCAAUUAUUAGCCAUUGGUCGUGGCGGAAAUUUAGAAGAAAACUAAUUUUUUUUACUAAUCGAUCGGGCGCGCGUAACAAAAUAAAAACGCGCGAAAUAGAAAGAAUUGAAUUGGUAGCAGCGCAUAAUUGGCAAAAACGGCCGACCGGAAAGUUAAGAAGGCACCGAGGCGAGGCACAGGAAGAGCACAAGCAGAAGUAGCCCCAGCACGAUGUUGGCCGGCAUAAGGAAGCGUUUGGCGCGCAAAACGCUUGACAUAAAAGAAGAAGAUGACGACAAAGACGACAUACAGGCCUUUUCGCCACCAACGAAUUAUAUAACAAUAUCUCAAGGAAAAAUUCAGCUAGUACACCAACAGCGAUCGCAGGAUAGUGAUAUAUCCGAUGCACAAAGUCGCAAAGAUCGGGAGGUACUGGAAAAUCGGAUUGUCGAACUCGAAGAAGCGCUUUCCCGCUUGCAGGAAAGGGUAAAUAAUAGUCAUUGCGUGUCGCCGACUUUCGAGAAGGAGCUUCGUGAACAAUUGGAUAACUGCUUGCAGACCCGCAUAACCCACCAAGAAAGUCUCUUACGUUCUAUGCAACAGGAGAAUUAUACGCUGAAACGUAGCAUACGUCACUAUGAGCGCUGUUUAGACGAUGUUAUGCGAAAAGUGGUGGACGCCAUUGUCGCCGAAGAUAUACUCCGCGAGGAGGUCACCAUGCUUAAGAAUCGUGUACGCGACUUGGAAGCGCAAAACGCUGCGCUUUCAGCCAGUCCUGCCAAGGGACGCGACGAAGGUUAUUGUACAAUGAGCAGUGGGCAGCCGCAGCCGUCGAAUGGGCAUCUGGAAGAUUUGCCAGAAGAGCCGGAGCAAUGGCUGUUACCCGCCGAACCGUGUUCGACUGAAAUGGAAGACUGGAGUAUGUCGCAAGAGGAGUUGCCCGUAGUGACGCUGGACGAUGAGCAUCAAAACCUGCGCGGCGGGCGUUUGAUAACAAACCUCCGGAGGCCAAACGGUGAAAAUGAUUGGAUAUGGAACUCGAAUGAUUUCCUAACUUCUACUACGGCGGAAACGGACUCUGAGUCAGAGGCGAUCUCGCAAUUGUUGCAACAAAAGAUCGUUUACUCCGAAGAUGAAGACAUUGCGCGCACUGAGUUCACCAACGAGUUCUACAAGCUGGUCGAUAUACGUUCUGCCUCGGCGCGCAGUCUAUUUUCCUACAUAGAAGGCGAGACAGACGAUGAGGAUGACGACGAUGAGGAUGCAGCGUCCAGGCUGUCUGAACGACGCGUGCGCCUGCGCUGCAAGCCAACGCUAAAUGGCAACAGACUGAAAGCGCCCAGCCCAACGCCAAGCGAAGCGGGACGUGCGCAAGUGACCAGCUGCUCAUCCAGCGAAUCAGACGAACACUCGCCUUGCACGGCGACGCAACACGAACUGAAUAGCAGUGUAGUCGAAGGCAGCAUCGAAGAGGAGAUGGACACACAGUUGUGUGGCAACGAAAGCAGUGAUAUCGAAAUCGAAGACAUACAACUAGAACCAGAGGUGUUNUCCGACUGUUUCUACGUACUCAUAGUUUUGUGUUAA